UAUUACUGGUGAAGAAAAAUUGAUCUAGUAGUCUACUUAAAUGUUGUUUGAUCAUUUUCUGAAAUUUCAAAAAAAAAAUCAAUUUCAGUUUUCUGUCAACAAACACGUGGCUGUCAGCUGAUGCGCGCGCUACCAUAAUUUCCACACAUUCCAAUUAUUUUCAAUAUCGUAUAGCUUAUCAAUCCCACUAGAAACCAACGGCUCACAGUCGAUCGGCACCAGUAUUCGUCAGUCAUUCCACUUUUCAUCGCAUGUUAAAAUUACGGCUUGAUUAUUUAUAAACCAUUAAAAUAAGUAGAUAAACAAUUAGAAUGGGUUCAAAAGACUCGCAAAAACUUUCAAGAUGGUAUUUUGGAGGACUUGCAUCAUCAGGAGCAGCCUGUAUAACACAUCCAUUGGAUUUACUAAAGGUUCAACUACAAACUCAGCAAGGACGAAUGUCAAUAGUUAAACAUACAAUAAAUAUAAUAAAAAAACAAGGAGUUCUUGCACUAUAUAAUGGUUUAAGUGCUUCAUUGUUACGCCAAGGAACAUAUUCCACUACGAGAUUUGGAGCUUAUGAAGUUAUUAAGCAGAAAAUUGAAACUCCUGGUCAACCUCUUCCCUUUUAUCAAAAAUUAUUACUUGCUGGAUCCUCUGGAGCUCUUGGUGGAAUCUUUGGGACACCAGGUGACCUCAUUAAUGUGAGAAUGCAAAAUGAUAUCAAAUUACCACCAGAGCAAAGGAGAAAUUAUAAACAUGCGAUAGAUGGAUUAAUUAGAGUAACUCAAGAAGAAGGUUUUUUAAAAUUAUUUAAUGGAUGUUCUACUGCCACUGGUCGAGCUAUUUUGAUGACUAUAGGCCAGCUAAGUUUUUAUGAUCAAAUUAAACAAUACUUAUUACAAUCUGGAAAAUUUCAAGAUAAUUUACUCACACAUUUUACUGCUAGCCUAUCAGCAGGAGCUAUUGCUACGACUCUAACACAGCCUUUAGAUGUACUCAAAACGCGUGCCAUGAAUGCAAAACCUGGGGAAUUUAAGAACAUGUGGCAGUUGAUUUUGUUUACUGCCAAACUCGGACCACUGGGAUUUUUCAAGGGAUACGUUCCAGCAUUUGUACGUUUAGCUCCGCAUACUAUUUUAACUUUUGUCUUUCUUGAACAACUGAGAAUUUACUUUGGUUAUAUACCGAAUGUUAAGUCUACCAAAUUCCAAUAACUGUAAUAAUGACAAUAAUUAAUUUUAAAAGAAGAACGAAACUGCAUAUCAUACAAAAUAUCGAUAACAUGCAGAUGAUUAAGUUUUUUUAAUAAGUAAAAAUAAUUAUUAUAUUUUAUUAGAACAAUUGUUUGAUGAGAUUACCAUAUAUUUUUUCAGAUAAUUGUGAUAUUAUUACAUUCCGUAAAAUUAUUUUUAUUACGUAUAUGCUGGCAUAUGACGAUGUAGAUGUAUACUGAGAGAACGCACAUAUAUUAAAUGGUAAUUUUUUAUAGUAAAGAAAGAAUAAAUAUUAAAAAUAUUAUAAUUUA